AUGAUCAAAUUCGGCAUUGUUCUCAUGGUCAUCAUCUUAGGGAUGUGGGCUACUCAAACCACGGCGCGCAUAAUACCUGAGUCUUCCAUGCUAGAGAAACACGAGCAGUGGAUGGUGCGCUUUGGACGUGUUUACAAAGACAAUGUUGAGAAAGAAAAGCGUUUCAAGAUAUUCAAAGACAAUAUCGAGUUCAUUGAAGAUUCCAAUAAAGCCAGGAAUCGGCCUUAUAAGCUUGGGAUCAAUGCGUUUGCUGAUCUAACAAAUGAAGAGUUUAGGGCAGCACGGAAUGGAUUAAAGAUGCCCUCAAAGAAGAAAUCAUCUGAAUUUACACCAUUCAAGUAUGAAAACGUGACCGCAGUGCCUUCUAGCAUGGACUGGAGGAAGAAAGGGGCUGUCACCCCAGUAAAGGAUCAAGGACAAUGUGGAAGUUGCUGGGCAUUUUCAGCUAUUGGAGCAACAGAAGGUAUUAAUCAAAUAAGAACAAAGAAGUUAAUCUCACUGUCAGAACAAGAAAUAGUAGAUUGUGACAAAACAAGUGAAGAUCAAGGUUGUGAGGGUGGAUACAUGGAGGAUGCUUUUGAAUUUAUUGUGAAAAACAAAGGAAUUGCCACUGAAUCCAUAUACCCUUAUGAGGCUACAGAUGGUACUUGCAACAAAAACAAAGAAUCAUCCCAUGCAGCCAAGAUUUUAGGGUAUGAAAAAGUGCCUGCUAACAGUGAAAAGGCAUUGCUCAAGGCUGUGGCUAAUCAACCCGUGUCGGUUUCCAUCGAUGCCAGUGGAAUGGACUUUCAGUUUUACUCUAGUGGCGUUUUCACCGGCGAGUGUGGGACUGACCUCGACCACGGUGUUACGGCCGUCGGGUACGGGAGGGCUAGUGACGGUACGAAGUAUUGGUUGGUUAAGAAUUCUUGGGGAUCCAGCUGGGGAGAGGAGGGGUAUAUAAUGAUGCAAAGAGAUAUUGAUGUCAAACAAGGGCUUUGUGGUAUUGCAAUGGAUUCUUCAUAUCCAACUGCUUAG